GAGUGGAGGCAGCCCUUGUCCCUGCCAGAGAUGUGGAGCUCCAGGUAAUGCCCCCCCCCCCAUCCCCCUGGCCUUCUGCCCCUGCUCUUGCACAAUUCUGACAGCGGGGAAAGGGGCAGAAAUCUUGCCAGGUGUUUCAGCAGGAGUGCUGGCAAUUGCCUCAUCCUUCCUGGAUUUGGCAAAAUAUGACUCACUCCACCCUGGGGUGGGCCUGGGUCAGAUGGACCAUAAAUAGGGUCCCCGCAGGCAGCCUCCUCACUUGCCUCCUCCUUCAGCUGCUGUCUGGAGCGCCAGCCUCCUCAGCCCUGAAACCAUGCCCCUCGGUCUCCUGUGGCUGGGCCUCACCCUGCUGGGGGCCCGGCACACCCAGGCCCAGGUUUCCACCCCCAAACUGAUCCCGGCCCCACGUCUGUUGAAGGUCCCACUGCAACCCGACUUCCAGGCUGACCAGUUCCAGGGGAAGUGGUACGUCGUAGGCGUGGCGGGGAAUGCAUUUAAGAAGGAAGAACAAGGCCAGUUUAAGAUGUAUGCCACCACCUACAAGCUGAAAGAAGACCGCAGCUACAAUGUCACCUCCACCCUGCUCAGGAACGAGCGCUGUGACCACUGGAUCAGAACAUUCGUCCCAAGCUCCCAGCCCGGCCAGUUCACCCUGGGCAACAUUAGCAGCUUCCCUGGGAUACAGAGCUACACCGUGCGAGUGGUGAGCACCAACUACAACCAGUUUGCCAUAGUGUACUUCAAGAAGGUUUACAAGAACCAGCCGUACUUCAAGACCACCCUUUACGGGAGGACCAAGGAGCUGACCCCUCAACUGAAGGAGAACUUCAUCCGCUUCGCCAAAUCCCUGGGCCUCACCGAUGACCACAUCCUCUUCUCUGUCCCAAUUGAUCAGUGCAUCGAUGACCAGUGAGCGUGCAGUGCCUCCCGUCUCUCUCCGCUCUCAUCACCCUCCUGUCGGCCUUCGCCCGGCCUGGCGCCCAGCUGCCCCCACCGGCCCAGACGCCAGCGACAGGAGAGAGCCCAGAGACCCCUCUCAUGGGGCUGCCCACCAUCUGCUCCCCGGAGCCCCACCUCGCCUGCUAAAU